UUAUUCUCAAAGAUAUCCAACAUGAACGAUUACGCUGAUGAAGAGAAACAGAAUUAUGUCGGAGGCUCCGCCACAAAGCCCAGUGUGGCUGCUUCUCUUGAGUGUGCAACAUUUUACGGAACAAGCUGUUUUGGAGCAGAAGAGUAUGUCCACGGUGGAGCCAACGGGAAGCUCAAGAAAGAGUUUGCUCAAACAGGCCGCGCAUGGAAAAAGAUGGUCGGCUUCACCAUCCAAGUUUCUUACAAUGACAAAAAGUGGAAGAUAGUCAAGAGAAGAAACAACUUCAAAUAACCUUCACAGAAGACUCAAAGCUGACAUCGAAGACGAUGGCAAAGCGUUCGACAUUGCAUUUCCUGAAUACAAAGACUCUGUUGACGAAACCGAGCAAGUCAGAGCGGAAUCACUUGACGCUUGUUGUGAGUACCUAAACACACUAGCCACUUAUCCUGAUGUGUUCACGAACAGAAUCUUCCUUGAGUUCUGAGAAGUCAGCGAAGUCACUUUUCAGCUCGGAGGAGCAGUCAUUUACAAAGAAGGCACUCUCAAGCGAAAGUCUGGUGGGAGGUUCAAGCAAGAAAGCACCUGGAAACACAAACUUUGUGGAGGAUGUUGUAGGACCUGGGCCAAGAGAUGGUUCGUUGUCACUGACCAGUACAUUCUGCUGCUGACUGACUCUGAAGACCACGACCCUGACGAGUCCAUGCUCAUCGACAAAGAGUUCCAUGUGGUUUAUGGUAAAGAGCAAACUGAAGACGAACUCGGAAUCACCAUCAUCAACCAGCACCGCAGGCUCGAGUUGAUAGCUGAAGACCCAUUUGAAUGGACUACCUGGCUCAGAGCAUUGAAGACUGCAAUCGACUUCAACGGGCUGCAGUCCAAAGUGAUGCGUUCGUACGACUCGUUCUCUCCAAUGAGAGCAGAGAACCAUGUUGAGUUCUUCAUCAAUGCUCACGACUACUGGAACAGACUCUACGAUGAGCUGAUGGCUGCUGAAUCAGAAGUCUUCAUCACUGACUGGUGGAUGACUCCGGGCCUUUACUUGAGAAGACCAGUCAACAUGUACAACGGAGACAUGGACUACGCCAGACUCGACAACGUGUUGCUGACACUGGCACACAAAGGAGUAAAAGUGUGGAUUCUGGUUUGGAAAGAAGUCGAAGUCGGAGGCAUGUUGUACAACAGCUCUCAACAUGUAAAGGACACUCUGGAAGCUCUGCAUCCAAACAUCAAAGUAAUGAGACAUCCAAACACACUGGUCCAGAUGUGGAGUCACCAUGAGAAAAUAUGCGUGAUCGACCAGAGAAGAGCAUUUGCAGGAGGAAUAGAUUUGUGCAUGGGAAGAUACGAUAUUGCUGAACAUCCCCUAAAAGAUAAAGGAGACUCACAUGGAACCUAUACCUUCCCUGGAAAAGAUUAUAGUAACUCAAGAAUCAAAGAUUUUGUGGAAGUAGAAGACACUCGUAAAGAACUAAUUGAUAGAAAUACCACUCCCAGAAUGCCUUGGCAAGAUAUCCAUCUCUUCGUGAGAGGAGAGGUUGCCCAAGACCUGGCUGUCCACUUCAUUGAAUAUUGGAACAAUGCCAAAGUCGAUGUCGAAGGAACUCCUGAUAAUGACGGUGGCUACUUAUGGCCAGUAGAAAAUCUCAUGGAUACCUCUGCCGGCUUCCGAGGCAAGCAUGCCGACGGAACCAUCGAUGAUCUCAGAGACUUCGACGAAAAUGAAGAAUUUGGAAUCAUUGGGAAAGACUACGCUGAACACAUCGUUGAAGAAGCUGACAAUCAAAUCGAAGUUGAUAAAGGGGCAGAGGACGAAGACGAAGAAGUCCUUGAAAGAGCCUUCCACGGUGGAGAAGAAGACUAUAAUAGCGGAGUGGUAGAGAUGGAAGAAGAAGAAAAAUUCAACAUAGGCAGAAACCUUGAAGCUUAUGAAGGGGAAAAAGGAUCUACUAUGAGGGACUUAACCCAAAAUCCAACUUUCUUUACCAGAGUACUUAGAACGAUACCUAGAAGAACAAGAAGAGGAAUGAAGAGUAAGAGAAUUGAGAAUGAAAAUUUGGUCGAAAGAAUGGAUAACUUUAUUGAAAGAAAGCAAAAGUCAGCAACCAGUGCAUAUAAUCUUAAAAAGUUGUUCAAAGGAGUUGUCAGAUCAGAAACCCAUGAAACUCUUGAGAGGCAUAAGCUGAUGUCUGAUUUUGUUAAAACUCUUACUCCAGAAGAAAGAAUUCUUUUAAAGCAACAAAUCAGAGAAUCCAAGUAUCAACAAGAUCAAAGAAAGAGAUCAGGUGCUGCGAUGGACAGAAUAAUUGGAAAAUUCGUAAAGAAAAAGCAAGGAACAUGCAAAUGCCAAGUACUUAGGAGCUCAUGUAACUGGUCAACUGGUAUACUCAGAGUUGAACAUUCUAUUAUGAAUGCCUAUAUCGACUUGAUUCUUAAUGCUGAGAAGUUUAUCUAUAUUGAAAAUCAGUUCUUUAUGUCCAAUGCAGGAGGAGGAGGUAUCCUAAAGAACCAAAUCACUGAAGCUAUCAAGGACAGAAUCAUUAGAGCUCAUCAGAAUGGAGAAAAUUUCAGAGUAUACAUUUUUGUCCCACUAAUGCCAGGAUUUGAGGGAGAUAUUACCAAAUCAGAUAGUCAGGUGCUGAAGUUCCAAGUCAAAUUCCAACAAGAGACUAUAAAUAAGGGACCUAAUUCUAUCUUCACUAAGUUAAGAAGAAAAGGAAUUAAUGCUGAAGACUAUAUUGGGUUUUAUGCUUUGAGGAACCACGACGUAUUUGAUGAUGGACCAAAGACAGAAAUGAUCUACAUUCACAGUAAACUCUUGAUCGUAGAUGACAGAGUAGUCAUUAUUGGCUCUGCCAAUAUUAAUGACAGAUCCAUGCUUGGAUCCAGAGACUCUGAAGUGUGUGUCCUUGUCCAGGAUACUGAAAAGGUUGACAGUGUGAUGGAUGGACAAGAUUUCCAAGUUGGAAGAGCAGUCCAUGAAUUUAGAAAGAGACUAAUGUGCCAGCACAUCGGUGUGGAAGAUGAGGAUGAAAUAAUUGAUUGCGCAAGUGAUGAAUUUUGGCAGUUUAUUAAAGAAAGAGCAGAAACAAACUCUGAAAUAUACUACAAGAUUUUCAAAGCUGAACCAAGCAACCAUCAAAGAAACUUCGAUGAUCUUUUAGCUGAUAGAGAAGCAAUGGAAAAUAUGAGUGUUCAGCAAAAAUUCGAUGUGUAUGAAAAGUAUAUUGAUGGUGUUAUUGGCCAUAUCGUGCAGUACCCAAUUCAUUACAUGGCAAAUGAAAGUUUAGCCCUAGAUGCACUUGACUACCAUCAUUUGGUACCAAAGAUCAGCUUCACAUAGAUC